AUGGAGUCUUCCAUUAUUAACAGACAGUCUUGAAACUCUUAUAAGACCGAAUCUGGGCAGACUGAGUCAAAGCACUGUAACUCAAAAGAGAAAAUGGGGACUAUAGUUCCAACAAUUACAAUAAUGAAUUCCUCGACCAAGAAAUAGGCUGAAACCGUCUAAAAAGUCUAUAAACCCCAAUAAAAUUCCAAAAUUCAAGCUAUCAAAGCCCCUCAGGUCUACCAAGAAGAGGCCUAAUCUACCUCAAAACACCAGUAAGACAGAAGAAGUCCUUAAGAUUCUUCCUGGCAUUUUGAAAUAAGGAAUUUCAAGCUAAGUAUCAGAAUAAAAACCUGUUAGACUUCUUAUGAAAGACUAUAAUCAUACAAAGUGGGGCUGACAAAAUACAGGAUGGAUCUAAAAUAGAUACCACAGAGGAAGAGUUUAAUACUGAAAAAUUGAUUGAUCCGAAUAACAAUAUAUCUCAUUUUCAAUACCAGAAUGAUAAAAUAAAAGUUGAUGAAGAGUAUACCGAAGAUGAUACCUCCAAAUUCUCCAGAACUCAAGGAAACUGGCACUGAGAUGACAUUAACUCUUGGAUGCAUUCUAAUAAGAAGAAAACCAAAGUAUCUAACUCAGGAAAAGCCAAGAGUUUUCACCCAAACAGAAACAAUAAUGGAUCAAUGAGAAUAAAGCCACUUAAAAGAAUACCUUCCGAUCUAUUUAAAAUAAAAAUUGAGCAUUUGAGGCAUCGUAAAAAUAAGACUUGAGAAAGACUAGGGCUGAUUCCACAUCAUCAAGAGCAAACUCAAGCUAAAAAGGAGAAUCUCGACUUAAAUUGUCUCACUGUUGUCAAAGCCAAGCGAAGAGAGGCAUUGAGCAACUCCCGUGCAAGAAGCAAUACUUCAUCAAAACCAAUAAGACUAAAGAAAGAUUGUGUUAACAUCCCGAUCAGGUCAAUUGGGUUAGAGCUCAAGACUUCCAACACUAAGAGAAGCAAAAGCCAAAAAUAGAAAGACUAUUUUGACAACAUCUUCACAAUGAGCAGGGACAAUCCAUUACGGGUCGGAAGGAAGAAGCUUAGAUGCUAGGCCAAGCACCCAAUUUGGAGCCCAUAUCUACCGUCUUUCUGAGUUUUCAAAAAAUAUGAAUCAAAAUAUGAGCUUAUACAAGCAUUCGAUCAUUAAUAAAGACUUAUUGAAACAGAAGAACAGACUUCAUCUUGUCUCAAAGAAGAGAAGCAAGAGAUUCCAAAGUUGAAGCCAGAGCAGAGAGAAAGUGUUCAGAAGGAGAGACUACCAACAACCGAGUUUCUCUAAAUAUGUCGAACUGAAUCAAACGUCAUAG